AUGAGCUCAAAUCUCGACGAAUACGAGGACUUGGACGAUCUCCUGGAAGAUGUCACGAAAUUGGAUGAAGAGGAGCGUUCUGGGAACGUCCAACGAGCCGAAACGGUCAAGAAACCAGUUAGUAAAAACGAUUUGGAGAUGAAUGGAACUAUCGAUGAUUUACAGGGUGAAUUUGUCAAACUGAUGCGCGAAACUGGCUCGGUAGACUCUGCAGAGGGUGCCAAAACAUCCGAAGAUUUUAAAGAGCUGCUCACGGCGCUUCGAGACGCCGGAUCGAGCUCUGAAACGAAACACAACGCUGCAACGACUAAGGAUGAUGAUAAUGGCGUUGACGAUGCCUCACGCUCGGGACCAAAAAAUGGAUUCAAGGACAUUGUGUCCAACACGUUGGACAGGCUCAAGGAAGGUGGCACGAAAGUGGACUCAAAUUUGAUGGAAGAGAAGAAAAAGGGCAAUUCCGAUGACAUUUUGUCGCAGCUGUUGGACCAGCUGGUAGACGGUGCUGGUGGAGAAGAUGAAGAGGGCAUGGAAAACGCGAUCCAGAGCAUGCUGAACCAGAUGUCUUCGAAAGAAGUGCUUUACCAACCGAUGAAGGACAUGCAGACCGAAUUCGGGACCUGGAUGGCCGCGAACGAAGCCAGUGCAGAGCACAGCAGCAAGAUCGUUACGUAUCGGGAGCAAUUCGCACUCGUAAACCAGAUAGUCGGCAUCUACGAAAAAGAGGGCUACGAAGACUCCGCGGCGCGGGCCGAGAUCGGCGAGUUGCUGGACCGUCUAGAACAGCUGGGAGACUCGCCUGUGAGUAAAGGUUUCAAUAGUCCGAACAAUGCGCCCGACUUUAGCAAACUUUUGGAAGCUGAUGGAGACGAAUUGCCGGAAAACUUGAAUAAGGAACUGGAGGAUACAUGCAAGCAGCAGUAG